AUGAGUGGCGUGAAGCUCCCACCGCCCACGCACCGCAAACGCGUGCUUCCUCAGUCGGAUCUUGAGGCUGCGUCGACUCUCAAACUCGGCGAGGACCAAAACACACAUACCCUGUCUUUGAGUGAGGCGCGGCUGGUUAUUAGCAAAGUGCUGGAGAACAAACGACGCGGCGGGAAAAAAUAUGACGAGCCAGAAAACCUGACCAAGACGCUUGACUACCUCGAGGUGUUCUCGCGCUUCAAAGACGAAGAGAAUAUCAAAGCAGUUGAGAAACUCCUCAAUUCACACACCGAGUUGGAAAUGUUUGAGCGAUCGCAGCUUGGCAGUUUAUGUUGCGACAAUGCCGAGGAAGCCAAGUCCUUGAUUCCUAGUCUGCAGCACAAAAUCUCCGACAAUGAGCUUCAGGAACUUCUUGAUGAGUUGACGAAGCUGCGCAAUUUUGUGGAGUGA